AUGGCUGCCUGGCAUGUAAGGACGGCGGUACAAAUGGGGAAAAUUAGUGAAGUUCAAGUGUUUGUGUAUUUGCCUCAGAGAACGAGGUGCCCAGAAAGCAGUUGGACGGCGUGGUUGCAGAGCAGAUAUAUGACUUCGAGCAAGCGAGUUCAAGACAGAAGCAGGAUGAAAAGGGUACACGAUCUGGAAAUAGUGACGGAGAAGUGGAAAAUUGCCUCCAAAGUGAUGGCAGUCAUGGAGUUGCUGAAGCAGGAGCCAGAGAUGAUCAUCCCGGUCAGGAACCUUGAGCAGCAUCGCCAGCGGCUUAAUCUACCUAAGCCCAACAGAAUUUCUGAUUUUCUCCGCAAGUCCCCCAAGCUUUUUGAAUUGUACAAGGAUCAGCGAGGGCUGACGUGGUGUGGAAUGACAAAACAAGCCGAGGAUUUAGUGGCGGAACAUGAUAAGCUAAUUGAAGAGCACUCGGUUAAAGCCGCAGAGUAUGUCACUAGGUGUCUGAUGAUGUCUGGUGAUAAGAGGCUGCCACUGGACAAAAUUGCUACCUUCAGAAGAGAUUUUGGUUUGCAGAUUGAUUUUAGGGCCGAUUGGGUACACAGGUUUCCAGACCUUUUUCGGGUUAAAAAGUCUGCUGAUGGGGUUGACUAUUUGGAGCUUGUGUCGUGGAACCCAGCUUGGGCUGUCACUGAGUUAGAGAAGAAGGUGUUGGGAUUAACUGAAGCAAAUGAUCACAAGCCUGGGGUGCUCUCCUUGGCAUUUCCUCUGAAAUUUCCUACCGGUUUCAAGAAGGUGUACAGGAUUGGAGGGAAGCUUGAGCACUUCCAGAAAAUGCCCUAUCUGUCACCGUACGCAGAUGCUAAGGAGCUUACAGCUGGGUCUCGAGAAUUUGACAAGAGGGCAGUGGCUAUAAUGCAUGAGCUACUUAGCUUCACUGUUGAGAAGAGGCUGGUGACGGAUUACCUUACUCACUUCCGUAGGGAAUUUGUAAUGCCACAAAAGCUGAUGAGACUUCUGUUGAAGCAUUUUGGAAUUUUCUAUGUGUCCGAGAGAGGUAAAAGGUUCAGUGUAUUCUUGACUGAAGCAUAUGAUGGGCAAGAGCUGAUUGAGAAGUGCCCAUUGGUUCUUUGGAAAGAAAAGCUCUUAAGUAUUGUUGGUUACAGAGGAAAGAAGAGGAAGGUCCGUACUUUCAGCGACUCAUCAGACAUGGAGACUGCUGAUACAAAGGAAAUUGACUCUGAAAAUGAAAACAAGGACAUCCAAUUUGAUGAAGAAGAGGUAUUGGAUGGUCCGGAGCACACUUUGCUUGCACAAGAUCAAGUGAUGGAAGUGGGGGAGGUUGUCAGUGCAUACAUGGAUUCUGAUGCUUCUUAA